CGACGACGACGACGACGGAGGCAGAGCACACGCACCGCACCGGUGACCGUUUACUGAAAUGACCAAAUUAACCGGAAUGGGACUAUUUUUACUCUGCACGCUGACGCUGCUGAUCACUUUCACUGGAAACGGCGCACACGGAAGCAACCUAGUGAAACGGAGUUUGAAAAAUACGGUUCCCUGUUUAGAGGAUGGAUUGUUUUACAGAAAUCCCGACCGUCCUGUGCCGAAGAUGUGGACCAACACCGAGUGCGCCAAGUACUACCUGUGCCUGGAUGGUGAAGUGUUCGAGUUCAAGUGUUCCGUUGGCCUCCUGUUCGAUGUAACGCGCCAGAUCUGUGAUUUCAAGCAGAACGUGGAAAACUGUGACAUCACAGCGGAGGCCCGAGUGCCGAAACCCUUGCUGAAGGACGCCAAAUGUGAGGAACGAUCGCAGCUGGGCUGUGGGGAUGGCACCUGCCUACCGAAGGAGUACUUUUGCGAUGGAUCCGUCGAUUGUGCCGACGGUUCGGAUGAGGGCUGGUGCGAUGUGGAACACGAUCCGGAUCCGGUGUAUCCAUGCGAUACGAGCGAAUGUUCGCUGCCGGAGUGCUUCUGUUCGAAGGAUGGUACAAUGAUCCCGGGACGGUUGGAACGCUACCACACGCCCCAGAUGAUCUUGCUCACCUUUGACGAUGCGGUCAACUUCGAGAACUGGGAGCUCUACACGGAGAAGCUCUUCACGGCCGGUCGCAAAAAUCCAAACGGAUGUCCCAUACGGGGCACGUUCUACGUGUCGCACCAGUACACGAACUACGCACAGGUCCAGCGACUGUGGAAUGAUGGGCAUGAGAUAGCGAUCCACUCGAUCACGCACCGAGGACCAGAGGAGUGGUGGUCCCGUAAUGCGACCAUCGAGGACUGGUUUGAUGAGAUGGUCGGUCAGGCGAACAUCAUCAAUCGGUUCGCGAACGUUCGCAUGGAGGAACUGCGCGGGAUGCGCGUGCCAUUUCUGCGUGUCGGCUGGAACCGACAGUUUCUCAUGAUGAAAGAGUUCGGUUUCGUGUACGAUUCGUCGAUGGUGGCACCACACUCCAAUCCGCCGCUCUGGCCAUACACGCUCGACUAUAAGAUGCCACAUGCCUGCAAUGGAGUGCAUCAGUACUGUCCUUCCCGUAGCUAUCCGGGAGUCUGGGAGAUGGUAAUGAACCAGCUGGAGGCCGGUGAGUAUACAUGCGGUAUGGUGGACACCUGUCCGCCGCAUAUGGACGGCGAAGACGUGUACCGGAUGUUUGUGCACAACUUCAAGCGCCAUUACCACUCGAACCGUGCUCCGCUAGGCCUCUACUUCCACUCCACCUGGUUCCGCAAGCAAGCGUAUUUGGAUGCCUUUUUGAGAUUCCUCGACGAUAUGGCCAAGUACCCGGAUGUGUACUUUGUCACCAAUAAUCAGGCAAUCGAGUGGAUGCGAAACCCAACGACCUCGAACCAACUCGGUCGCUUCGAGCCGUGGCAGUGCCGACCGAAACAGCUCGAUCCGCAGGAGCAAGCCUGCAAUCUGCCCCGUACCUGCAAGCUGCAUAGUCGCGUCCUGCAACAGGACCGUUAUCUGUACACGUGCAACGAGUGUCCAGCCCAGUAUCCCUGGAUUCGGAAUGAGUUUGGAUUAGAUUAAGCUACGCAGCAG